AUGGAUCACCGGAGACAUGGGAAGAGGGCCCUUCCAGCCGAUGAAGAAUCGGAAGAACUACUAUACCAACAAAAUGCUAAUAAUAUAGAUGAUGAAUUAGAACAACAAUUAUUAUUCCCGUCAGUUUACUCGCCUAGAUCCCAACAAGAUAUGUCUGCAAUCGUGUCCGCUCUUUCUCAAGUUAUCGGCACCACCAGCCCCGGUGGGGGCAAUAAUGAUACUCCCUUUUCGACUUCUUCUUCUUCCACCCCUAGCAAUCAACCACAUAGUCGUCAAGAGCCAGGGAUGAUGAACCAAAGGAGGAGACAUUAUAGAGGAGUGAGGCAAAGACCAUGGGGGAAAUGGGCCGCGGAAAUACGUGAUCCACAAAAGGCUGCAAGGGUGUGGCUCGGUACCUUUGAGACGGCCGAGGCAGCUGCACUUGCUUACGACGAGGCGGCUCUCAAAUUUAAGGGAACCAAAGCCAAGCUCAAUUUUCCUGAAAGAGUUCAAGGGAGAACUGAGUUGAGUUAUUUAUUCAGUCAUCCCCAAUUACAAAUGUCUACUACUACUACUAGUAAUUUCGUACCAAAUAAUUCUCUCACGCCUCCUCCUCCUCGACCUCCCCCUCAAAGCACGUACCCUAAUCUUCUUGAUUAUACGCAUUUUCUUCACGGUGCUAAUGAACACGGUACAAAUGUUUUGAAUACUACUACUUCAUCAGCUAAUUCGAGUGAUAUGGGAAGUUCAUCAAGUGUUCAUGACCUGUCACAAUAUUGGCAAGAUUUUGAUCCAAAGGAUUAUUCAAGAGAUCAAUAUUAGUAUUAUAUAUGUAUGAUAUGAUCAUCAUCAUAUAUAUGCGCAUCUAAUUAAUUAAGUAG